AUGAGCACCGCCAAGACGUCGUGGCCGGAGGUGGUGGGUUGGCCGGCGGCGCAGGCCGUGACUCAGGUCGGCACCGACAGGCCCGACGUCGCCAUCGAGGUGCUCCCAUACGGCACCAGCGUGGCCCCUGGGUUCAACGGAGAGCGGGUCCGUGUCUUCUUCGAUGGGACUGGCAGCGUUGCCGGCACUCCAUACGUUGGUUAG